AUGAGGAGCAUGAAUAAAUCCGGUGGUGAUGAGGGUCCAGCUGUAUUGCAAUUACACAAAUGGAGGCAAUCUGAAGUAGAUUUUCUUAGGAACCUUUCGGAAUUUCGCCAGGGCUAUAUUUCGCCAUCUAGAGAGCUUUUGUUAUUGCUAUCAAAGCACUGUGAAGCUCUAUUGCUUCCUGUAGUUAAAGAGAAACCAAGAACUAGUAGUGACACUGCAAAUGUCAGUUGCCAAGGUUUAGAGGAUGUAGAUUGUGCACCUUCUAGAUUGGCCAAGGUAUCAGGGAGUGCGGAAGUACCUGAGUUAACAGAGGCUUCUUCCGGAACUUCCGUAAAAGUGGAUGCAGAUUUAGCUAAAGAUUUUACUAGGGAAACUGGCUUUCUAGGUUCUCAUGGCUGCGGUUUUAUUUCCGAUGUACAUUCUUUGGCUUGGGCUAAUUGCGAGAAUGCCUCCAGUGAGCAUGAAGAUACUCCAUUUAGGGACAUACUCUUUGUGUCAGGGAAGUCUGGAGUUACUGUGCAUGCUUUUUGUAAACCACACAGAACUAGAAAAGUUAAGAAAUCCAUGGAAGGACAUGAAAAUUCACAAGGUAUGUGGGUGGAUUGGGGGCCGUCACUAGAUGAUCCUGGCAAUGCGACAUCGGUAUUACAUUAUGAUGGUUCCAAAAGUUCUUAUUCUAAGAGCAGAACUAUUGAAGAGGUGGACUGUAGAAAAUGCAAUCAUGUUCAAGAUCCAGUGAAUGACUCACCUGAUUUACGUGCUAGCAAGAGAUGGUUGAGCACUUUCUUGGUAAAAUUGCAAUCAGAGAAUUCUGAUGGUCAUCUGUUCACUAGAUUUCCUGAAAGUUCAUUACUUCCUUCUUCAGCAGAGGUAAUCUCAUUUAACAUAUUUGGUGACGAUUCAUUGCUUUUGGAGUUUAUAUCUAAAGGAUUUCCUGUAGUGCAUGACAGAGGUAGUGAUCACAUGUCAAUUGACAUGCGUUACAAAUGUUUUAGGGUUUUUUCGAGCAGCUCAUUUAGCAUAAUGGGUUUUGCCCUAGAAUUGAUAGACUUUGUACAUAUCAAUGAAUCUGAUGUAUGUGAAAGGAAGAGUGGAACUGUAAUUGCCAUGGUCAAUGUGGUCAGUUGUGGUCUGCGGUGGGUUUCCUCAGUCAAGCUUGAUGAAGGAAAAGAUACUACCGAAUGGACUGACUUCAAACUCUCUUCUGCUUUCCUUUUUUGUCUGAAGAAAUCCGGCUUAAUUAGUGUGUACAGUGCAAUGAGUGGAAAUUUAAUAGCAUCUAUUGAUCUCUUCCUUUUGUGUGGGUUUCAACAUCGUUUAGGUCUCCCAAAAGAAGAAGUUGCAACUGACAAAUAUAACGGACGUGUUCCGGAGAAUCAUGUUGUAUCGUGUCGUGAAGUUCAUGAUUUUACUGGAACAGGAAGGUUUAAGAGUCUUCUUACAUUUUCAGAUGUCUCAUUAUUAGGUAUAGUUGAUGAACUUGGUACGGUUUAUGUGAUACGUAUUGAUGACCAUAUUCAGGGAAAUCAUAACUCUUUUGGAAAACUUUUUUCUGAUUAUCAAUGGUUCGGGUGUGGAAUUUUGGCUCCCUGGGGUGUAGCUUCUAGUGAAAUUGGCUGUCAAAGUGCUAGUAAAUUACGGAUUAAUUGUAAAAGUUUCUCUUCUCGAGUUUAUACAGAAAUUGUGAAGAGAAGCUCAUUUCUGAGAAGUUCUCCGAAGAUAAGUGAUUUUUCUGGUGCUGAAUUAUCUCUGAAUGUUGUGAGAGAAAUUUUCAUUCCUAAUGAUCAAUACAGUGAAGAUGAUGUUGUUUGUUUUUCUCCUUUCGGAGUUACUCGCCUCAUGAGAAGAUACAUUGCCCAGGAACAUAAGAAAUUUAAACUUUCCCAUUCUAGCUUAUUUGUGGAACGUGCUUUAAAUGAUGAUCAAGUCUCUAGUUUGCAAGGUUGGGAAACUUCUACAAAGGAAGCUGUUGGAUGUGUCUUCCUAGGAUCUUUAUAUUUGGUAACAGCGGUUGGACUCUCAGUUGUUCUUCCAGCCAUCUCAAAUUCUUCCAGUUUCUUUCCAGUUGAAGCUAUUGGAUAUCGCUUUUCAACUCCCUCAAGUGUAACUAGGCAAGAAGUCAGUAAUCAUUUGGAAAUUGAAAGAUCCAAAAAGCCUUGGUCACCUUGGAAGGUGGAGGUUUUGGACAGAGUACUUUUGUUUGAAAGCCCUGAGGAAGCAGAUCAAUUGUGCCUGGAAAACGGUUGGGAAUUAAGCCUUUCACGAAUUAGGCGUUUGCAGCUGGCGUUGCAUUAUUUGAAGUUUGAGGAAAUCGAAAACUCUUUAGAAAUGCUUGCCGUUAUCCAUCUUGCAGAAGAAGGCAUUUUGAGAGUAAUAUUUGCCGCUGCUUAUCUGAUAUCCAGGAAAGUUAAUAACGACAACGAGGUUUCUGCUGCAUCAAGGCUUCUCACAUUAGGCACCAGCUUUGCUAUCAAGAUUGUACGUAAAUAUGGUCUGUUGCAUCACAAAAGAAAUAUGCUAAAUCAGAACCUUGAAGAUGUCCAAAGCUUUCCUGUUCUUCUUCCCAAUGUGAUGUAUGGUGAUGGAUCAGAAUCUUUGAGGAGGAUGUCAGACAUGGCGUGCUAUUUGGAGAUAAUCAGAGAUUUGCAAUUGAGACUUACUGUCAAAUAUAGAAGGCUAGGUCGUGGAUUGGUGGAUGGUCCAAAGCUCUUAAGAGCUAAUGAUGCAGAUCUCUUGGAGGAUGACUCAAAGAAUUCAAUUGAGUCUACAGAACCGUCAUCGUUAGGAGCAAAAACUCAUGAUUCUCUGGAUCCUGAACCUGCAAAUGUUGAAGUAAUGGCUUUGAUCCCCGUUAAUAAGACCAAUACUGAAGCAUCCGUUGUUUCUGGAGGAAGUAGUCUUAGAAAAAGAAUUUUACCUGUGGAAAAUCCAAAAGAUAUGAUAACCCGUUGGGAAGUUGGUGAUUUGGAUAUUAAAAAUAUUGUUUCAGAUGCUUUACUUUCUGGGCGCCUGCCUUUGGCAGUUCUUAAGUUGCAUCUUCUCCGUUCCCAAGACGUUAUUAGUAAGAAAGAAACUGAUGACACCUUCAAUGAAGUUAGAGAUGUUGGAAGAGCCAUUGCAUAUGAUUUCUUUCUCAAGGGUGAGACAUCACUCGCUGUUGCAACUUUGCAAAAGCUUGGAGAAGAUGUUGAAACUAGCCUGAAGCAGUUGCUUUUUGGGACUCUAAGGAGAUCGCUGCGGAGACAAAUAUCUGAAGUGAUGAAAACUUAUGGCUCUCUUGGUUCACGUGAGUGGAAAAUACUGGAAAAUAUUUCGCUUAUAGAGAGGGUGUACCCUUGCAGUAGUUUCUGGAACACAUUCAGUUCUAGAUGGAAUGAUUUAAAAGAUGGAGCAAGCAGCAUUGACUUGGAGGGAAUCAAACUGCGGCUGUUGCAUCCACUACAUAACAAUCUUCAGAUUUCCUGUGGUGACAUUGAUGGGGCAGUGUUAGGUCCAUGGACAAGAAUCAUUGGACAUCCUGUAUCACCUGAGGUUGAUAAUGACAGCUCCCACGCUAGCUACUGGACUGCUGCUGCUAUUUGGUCUGAUGCCUGGGAUCAUCUUAUUAUCAAUCGGGUGGUACUGGAUCAACCUUUUGUUAUGGGUGUCAACAUCUUGUGGGAAUCUCAAGUUGAGUAUUACAUGGGCCACAAUGAUUGGCUCCAAGUUUCCAUGCUCUUGGAGGUUAUUCCAUUGUAUGCAUUAUCUACAGGGACGUUAAGCGUCAGAUUGGACUCCUUACCGCCCCCUACCAUCGUUGAAUAUGCCCAGGACAUUUCCGAGUGUGAUAAUUAUACAUGUUCCCUUGAUGACCUAGAUGCUGUCUGCCUGACUAUUCCGAAGAUUAAAAUUUUCAGGUUUCCAAUCAAUGAUAUGUGCUCCAUCUGGCUAAGAAUGCUCAUGGAACAGCAGCUAGCUAAGAAAUUUAUUUUUCUGAGGGAUUACUGGGUUGGUACUGCAGAGAUUGUACCCCUUCUGGCACGUUCAGGUUUCUUGCUUGACAUUCACGACACUUCAUCUUUGGAGGAGUCGACCGAAAGCUCAACUGAUUUGGUGCUCUCCGUUAUUGAUGCUGAAACCCAUCCAGAUACUGUUCUUGCCUUGCAUAAAUGUUUUGUGCAAUUCUGUGCACAGUAUAACCUGGUGAAUCUCUUAGAUAUUUACCUGGACCACCACAAGUUGGCUGUAGACCAGGAUUCUCUUUCGUUGGUGCAGGAUGCAGUGGGUGACAAUCUGUGGGCGAAAUGGCUUCUGUUUCAAAGGGUGAAGGGCAAAGAAUAUGAAGCAUCAUUCUGUAAUGCCCGGGCAGUAGUAUUGCAUAAUUUUCUUCCAGGUAACAGUAUGGGUGAACUAGAUGUUGAUGACAUGAUGCAAACUGUUGAUGAUAUUGCGGAAGGAGCAGGAGAAAUGGCAGCUUUAGCAACCUUGAUGUAUGCUCCUAUUCCAAUUCAAGAGUGUCUAAGUAGUGGAAGCAUUAACAGGCAGUUCAGUUCUGGUCAGUGCACUCUGGAGAACCUUAGACCUGCUCUUCAAUGCUUCCCUACGCUAUGGCGCACUCUACUAGCAGCUUGUUUUGGACAAGACCCUACUUGUCCCAUGUUUAGUUCUAAACCUAAAGUGACUGGUUAUUCUGAUUUGAUGGACUAUCUGUAUUGGCGGGAGAGUAUAUUCUUUUCUUCUGCAUGUGAUACUUCACUGCUUCAGAUGCUUCCUGGCUGGUUUUCCAAGGCUGUUCGCAGAUUGGUUCAACUUUAUGUGCAAGGCCCUCUUGGUUGGCAAUCUGUGGCAGAUUUUCGGAUGGGAGAAUACUUUUGGUCUAGGGAUCUUGAUUCUUUAGUUGAUUCAGGUGAUCAUUCUGAGAUUAGUGCCAUAUCAUGGGAAACGGCAAUCCAGAAACACAUUGAAGAAGAGCUUUGUGCUUCAGCCUCAGAGGACACUGGCCUUGGCCUUGAGCACCACUUGCAUCGUGGGCGUGCACUGGCUGCCUUUAAUCAUCUUCUCGCUUUGAGAGUUGAAAGGUGGAAUAAAGACAAAAGAGGGUCAUCUGGAACUUCUGCUCCUGCACAAACCAAUGUGCAGUCAGAUGUCCACGUACUCCUGUCACCUAUAACUCAGGAUGAAGAGUCUCUUCUCUCGGAGGUUGUUCCCUUGGCAAUUGUGCAUUUCAAGGAUUCUGUGUUAGUGGCCUCAUGCGCUCUUCUUUUGGAAUUGUGCGGUUUGUCUGCCAGUAUCCUCCAAAUCGAUAUUGCUGCUUUGAGAAGGAUUUCUUCUUUCUACGAAUCUGAUGAACACAAAAAACCCACAAUACAACUGCCCCCAAAAGGUUCUGCAUUGCAUACAAAAUCCAGGGAAGGUGAUAUUGCAGAAUCUCUUGCGCGGGCAUUGGCUGAUGAUUAUCUUCGAAAUAGUUAUUCCAAUAGCGAAAAGCAAAGAGAUCCGAAGAAUAGUGGCACUGCAAAAUUUCCAUCAAGAGCUCUCAUUAUGGUCCUGCAACAUCUGGAAAGAGCUAGUCUCCCAGCUUUUGCUGAUGGAAUGACAUGUGGUUCUUGGUUGAUGACUGGCAGUGGUGAUGGAGCUGAGUUAAGGUCUCAGCAAAAGGCUGCAAGCCAGAAGUGGAAUCUAGUCACGGUUUUUUGUCAGUUACAUCAGAUGCCAUUGAGCACCAAAUAUCUAGCUUGCUUAGCGAGAGAUAAUGAUUGGGUUGGGUUUUUGUCUGAAGCUCAAGUUGGAGGAUUUCCUAUUGAAACAGUUAUAGAUGUUGCAUCAAAGGAAUUCAACGACCCCCGCUUGAAAGGCCAUUUGUUAACAGUUCUAAAAAGCAUGCAGUCAAGGAAACAAGUUGGAUCUGCAGCAAAUUCAGAUGCUACAACUUUGCAGUUCGAAGCUCCCGUCACCAGCGAAAACCUUUAUGGGUCUGUUGAAUUGUUUGGAAUCAUAGCAGAGUGUGAAAAACUCGAAAAUCCAGGUGAAGCUCUUCUUUUAAAGGCCAAAAACUUGAGCUGGUCAAUUUUGGCAAUGGUUGCAGCUUGUUUUCCAGAUGUUUCCCCCUUGUCUUGCCUAGCAGUAUGGCUGGAGAUAACUGCGGCACGGGAGACUUCUGCUAUUAAAGUUAAUGACGUUGCUACCCAGAUUGCAAGCAAUGUUGGUGCAGCUGUGGAGGCUACUAAUGUCCUGCCAGCGACUGCUAGGGCCAUAACCUUUCACUAUAAUAGGAGGACUCCAAAAAGGCGGCGGCUUAUGGAGCCUGCCCUUGGUAGUUCAGCACCAUCAAAUGCAUUUGAUGCAUCGUCUACUUCUGGUUCCCUUAAGUUUGAAGAAGAUAUUGCUGAAGAGGAAAGGGAAAAUGGCACGGAUAAAGAUUUGUCUAGUUCUGAUGAAGUAGUUGAUUCUUUGUCCAGAAUGGUAGCAGUGCUAUGUGAACAACAACUAUUUCUUCCCCUGCUGAGGGCAUUUGAAAUUUUCCUUCCAUCGUGUUCUCUCUUGCCUUUUAUUCGUGCACUACAGGCCUUUGCACAAAUGCGUCUUUCAGAAGCUUCAGCACAUCUUGGGUCCUUCUCUGUCAGAAUUAAGGAAGAACAGCUCCAUGCACAAACAAACAUCAUGAAAGAAGGGCCGACAACAAAUUUGUGGACAAGGUCCACUUCUGUAAAAGCUGCUGAUGCUAUGCUUUUAACAUGCCCAUCACCUUACGAGAAAAGAUGUUUAUUGCAGCUGCUUGCUUCAACUGAUUUUGGUGGUGAUGGAUCCAUAUCAACGUAUUACCAGCGACUUUAUUGGAAAAUUAAUUUGGCUGAACCAUCACUACGCAAAGAUGAUGGUCUUCACCUUGGAAAUGAAACAUUAAAUGAUGAUUCACUUCUAACAGCGUUAAUCAGAAACGGUUAUUGGGAACAGGCACGUAACUGGGCCAGGCAGUUGGAAGCAAGUGGUGGAUCUUGGAAGUCUAUUGUACACCAUGUUACUGAAAUGCAGGCUGAAUCAAUGGUUGCAGAGUGGAAGGAGUUCCUUUGGGAUGUCCCAGAAGAAAGGGUUGCUUUAUGGGAUCAUUGUCAUACACUCUUUAUCAGAUAUUCUUUCCCGGCAUCACAGGCAGGGUUGUUUUUUUUGAAGCAUGCGGAGGCAGUAGAGAAAGAUCUUCCAGCGAGAGAGCUUCACCAACUGUUGCUGCUCUCUUUGCAAUGGUUGAGUGGGACUAUCACUCAGUCUAGUCAGGCAUGUCCUUUAAACAUUCUGCGUGAGAUUGAGACUAAAGUGUGGCUUCUAGCAGUUGAGUCGGAAGCUCAGGUUAAAGGUGAUGGAGAACCUAUCAUGAGCGCCUUAGGUCGUGAACCCGGGACCGGGAAGUGCUCUAACAUUGUAGAUCAUACUGCAGAUGUUAUUUCAAAGAUAGACACUCAUAUGAACUCUUUGAGGGUGAGGACCGCAGAAAGGAGUGACAUUAGGGAAAAUAAUCAGGCUCCGUUGAAGAACUCCCAAAUCUUAGUAGACUCAAAUGUGUCAGCUACUACAGCAGGGAACACAAAGAUGAAAAGGAGACAAAAAGGCUUUGUAUCAUCCAGGAAGCCUGUAAUUGAUGUUCUGGAUAAGGCUAGUGAGUCUGAAGGUAUUAGUAUGAGAGAUGAUUCACAUUUGGUUGAUGACAAUGGUAAAUUUGAAGCAAUCCUUUCAAGAUGUGAGGAAAGAGUUGGAUCUGCAGGCCUAGAAAGGGCCGUUCUUUCAUUGAUGGAGUUUGGUCAAAUUUCAGCUGCAAGGCAGCUCCAAUAUAAACUGUCUCCAGGUCAGACUCCAUCAGAGUUUGUAAUCCUUGAUGCUGCCUUAAAGCUGGCUUCUAUGUCAGCUCCAAACAGUAAGGUAGCUGUCCCGUUGUUGGACGAUGAAGUGCGUUCUGUUCUAAAUUCUUGCAAUCUUCUUGCGGAGUACAGCCAGAUUGACCCCUUAGAGGUAUUGGAGGGUCUUUCAGCCAUCCUUAAAGAAGGCAGGGGGCGAGGACUGUGUAAGAGAAUUAUAUCUGUUGUCAAGGCUGCAAAUGUUCUAGGUCUCUCAUUUUCAGAAGCUUUCAACAAGCAGCCUAUCGAACUGUUACAGCUACUUACUCUCAAGGCACAAGAAUCGUUGGAGGAGGCAAAUUUGCUUGUGGCGACCCAUCCUAUGCCACCUUCAAGUAUUGCUCAAGUUCUUGCAGAAUCCUUUCAGAAGGGUUUAUUAGCUGCACAUCGUGGCGGAUAUAUGGAUUCUCAAAAGGAGGAAGGACCAGCUCCUCUACUGUGGAGGUUUUCUGACUUCUUGAAGUGGGCAGAGCUUUGUCCAUCAGAAUCAGAAAUUGGUCACGCGUUAAUGAAAUCGGUGAUUACUGGACAAGAAAUACCACAUGCAUGUGAGGUUGAACUUCUGAUACUGUCCCAUCAUUUCUACAAGUCAUCAGCAUGUCUAGAUGGAGUUGAUGUUCUUGUAGCUCUUGCAGCUACCAGAGUGGAAGCUUAUGUAUCUGAGGGUGAUUUCACAUGCUUGGCUCGCUUGAUUACAGGAGUGGGAAAUUUUCAUGCAUUGAAUUUCAUUCUUGGGAUUCUGAUUGAGAAUGGUCAACUUGACCUUCUGCUUCAAAAAUUUUCUGCUGCUGCAGAUGCCAAUGCUGGCACUGCUGAGGCAGUCAGAGGAUUUCGAAUGGCUGUUCUUACUUCACUUCAGCAAUUCAACCCGGAGGAUCUUGAUGCAUUUGCUCUGGUUUAUAAUCACUUUGACAUGAAACAUGAAACUGCUGCUCUUCUGGAGUCACGGGCAGAGCAAUCAUCUCAACAGUGGUUCCUCCGGUAUGACAGGGAUCAGACAGAUGACCUCCUUGAGUCCAUGCGUUAUUUCAUUGAAGCAGCUGAGGUUCACUCUUCUAUUGAUGCUGGCAACAAAACACGGAAAGCUUGUGCUCAGGCAUCUCUCGUCUCUCUUCAGAUUCGAAUGCCCGACUUGCAAUGGCUUAAUCUUUCUGAAACCAAUGCUCGGCGAGCGCUUGUUGAACAAUCUCGUUUUCAGGAGGCACUAGUUGUUGCUGAAGCAUAUGGUCUGAACCAGCCUAGUGAGUGGGCCCUAGUACUUUGGAACCAAAUGCUCAAACCAGAACUUACUGAACAGUUUGUGGCAGAGUUUGUUGCUGUACUCCCUCUCCAGCCUUCAAUGCUCAUUGAGCUGGCAAGAUUUUACAGGGCAGAGGUUGCAGCGAGGGGGGAUCAGUCCCAGUUUUCAGUGUGGUUGACUGGUGGUGGACUCCCAGCUGAAUGGGCGAAGUACCUUGGUAGAUCAUUCAGGUGUUUGCUUAGAAGAACUAGGGACUUGAGAUUGCAGCUACAGUUGGCUACACUUGCCACUGGAUUUUCUGAUGUUAUCGAUUCAUGUAACAAGGCAUUGGAUAAGGUCCCUGACAAUGCAGGCCCACUUGUUCUGAGGAAAGGGCACGGCGGAGCUUACCUUCCUUUGAUGUGA